AUGAGCUUCAAUGGCGUAGCCGUGAAAUUCUACCUGUCUGAACAUCGGGUCGUUGUGGUUGUCAAGAAAGAAAUUACAAGUGCUUCUCUUAUCAACACACACGACUUCCAAUCAACUGACCACCCUCUCAUAGCAUCAGAGAUCAUCCAGGAUAUCAAUGAUUUCUCAUGUUCUAACCCAAUUAAACGCUUCAACACACACAUCUCCCACAUCACCUCGGUUGAUUUCAACCUCACAGAUGACACUUUCAUCACAGCGUCGUGGGACCAAACUGUUAGGCUGGGGAAAGUCGAUGAAGAAAACGGCAAAUUAGUCUACACACAUCUUGAUUGUGUGAGCUCGAUUAAAUGGAAUCCUGAUGAGAAAAGUCGGCAUGCCAGCGCAUCUUUCGAUGGAAUAUUACGGCUUUGGGAUGUCAACGGGAAUACGGCUACACAAACCAUCCAUGCCGAUGAUUCGCCGAUCAUGUCCCUUAACUACAAAGUAUGCCUGGUGAAGUUUUCACGGCACAAGGUGUACCAAAUCACUUCUUGCUCGUACGAUGGGAAGAUUGUUCUUUGGGAUUAUGGUUUAGGGGAUCAUGAUUCAAAGAUGAUAAUGUACGAUGAUUAUAAGGGUGUUGUACAGGGCCUGAAUAUGAGCAGGAUAGAGGAUGGCCUGUUGGCAAGCAUCGGAUCUGAUGGGCUUGUUCGCAUAUGGAUCCACAUUCCGUCGGAUAUGUGA